AUGCCGGAUACAAUGAUCGAAUAUUAUAUUGAAAAAUGGACAAUUUGGUCCGAACAAGAAAAAUAUAAUAAAAAAAUUGAAUUACGUGAUUUAGCUACAAAAAAACUAGUUGAAUAUUUUGAUAUAAAUUCGAAUACAUUAUGUUUAACAAAUAUGAAUUUAACAAACUUACCAAAUUAUUUACCAAAUACAUUACAACAAUUAAAUAUAUCUGGUAAUUGUUUACAAAUAUUACCAAAUGCAUUACCACCAUUAUUAGAAGAAUUAAAUGUUACUGAUAAUAAAUUACAAACAUUACCAGAAAACUUACCAAAUUCAUUACAACGUUUAAUUGUAAUGGAAAAUUGUAUACAAUAUUUACCAAACAAUUUACCAGAAAGUUUACAACAAUUAGAUUUAUCAUUUAAUGCAUUGAAAUCCUUACCAAAUACUGCACAACCGUUUCGAAGUAAUUUUAUUACAUUACAGGAAUUAGAUUUAUCACAUAAUCAAUUUGAACAUAUACCAGAAAACUUACCAUAUUCUUUACGAAUAUUAAAUAUGUCACAUAAUUGUAUUGAAAUAUUACCAAAUCAAUUACCACAUUCAUUACGUCAAUUAGAUAUAUCUGAUAAUAAAAUCACUGUAUUACCAGAUAAUUUAUUACCAAAUUCAUUAUGGUUGUUAAAUAUAUCAGGUAAUAAUAUUAAACAAUUACCAAAUCAAUUACCAAAUGCAUUACGACAAUUUGAUUGUGCUUAUAAUUCUAUACGAAUAUUACCAACAACCUUACCAAAUUCAAUACAAGAAUUAAAUAUUUCUGGUAAUUAUUUAGAAUGCUUACCAAAUCAAUUACCAAGUUCAUUGCAACGCUUAAAUGCACAUAGAAAUGAUUUAAAUAUAUUUCCAAAUAAUUUACCACAAUCAUUAAUAACGAUCAAUUUAGCUGAUAAUUUACUUUGUAAUUGGCCAGAAAAAUUACCAUUAGCGUUAGAGAUUUUAGAUGUUAGUUAUAAUGAUUUCAUUAGCUUACCAAAUAAUUUACCAAAUUCUAUAAAGGAAUUACAUGCACAACAUAAUUUUAUACGUCGUUUACCAAUUAGCUUACCAAAUUGUAUGCGAUUUAUCAAUUUAUCUGAUAAUCAAUUAACACAAUUAUCAUCAGCCAUAGAAGGAUUAUCAACAAAUACAAAUAUAAAUAUCGAAAAUAAUCCUUUGAGCUUAGAAACAAUUGAUAUGAUUAAUCGUUUAUUUAAUGAUUCAUCAAAUAAUCGUCGAUUACCAACAAUUUUUUUUAAUACCGUAUUUAUACCAGAAAAUAAUUCAAAUACGAUAGUUGCUGCAAUAAGACCAUUAUACGAAGAAAUACAUGAGUGGGGACCCGGAAUCGAAUUCGAUGACAAUUGGCGUCAAAUUUCUGAAGAACCAACAGCAAAAUCGUUUUCAUAUUUUUUAUAUAAAUUACGUCAAACAAUUAAUUAUGAAAAUGAUGAAUUUAAAAAUGAAAUUAUAAAAUGGCUGAAUCAAUUAGCUGAUUUAAAAUUACAAUUACUACGACAAAAAAUAUUUCAAAUUGCUGAAGAAGCGACACAAUCAUGUGAAGAUCGUGUCACAUGGUGUUUCAAUCAAAUGAAAAUCUUAAAUAUUGCAUGGGAUGUGGAAACGGGGAAAUAUGAUCAACAAAUUGAGCAAUUAUUACAAUUAGCACGUGGAAUGUAUCGCUUAAAUGUUCUAGAAGAUAUUGCAAGAUUUAAAGUACAAUCAUUGAAUUUUGUUGAUGAAAUUGAAGUAUAUUUAGCAUAUCAAGUAAAAUUAUAUACCAUACUAGAAUUACCGAUUCAAACACCCGAUAUGAGAUUUUGGACUGUGGCUUGGCUAACUCAAAACGAUUUAGACAAUGCUGUUCAAAUUGUUCAAAACAAGGAAAAAGAAAACUUUUCAAACUAUUUGUUACUCGAUUGGCAACCAUGGAAAGAAGUACUUAAACGAUGGAACAUUGAAGCAUUUAUCGAAGCAGAAAAACAAAUAAAUAAUGAACAAGUUUUUAAAGAGCAAUUCGAUGAACGCAAACAAAAAUAUUUAUUGGAAACAAAUUUAUUAGACGUUGAGUUGGAUGUUGAAACUCAACUUGGACAAUUGGUGCGUAGAAAUAUUGAACGAGAUGUUUGGUAUCAACUUACAAAACAAUUUUUAAAUCAUUCCAAGAGCUUCAUUCAAAUUGAUGAUUUUUAA